AUGCGUGGGCUAACGGUCAUCACCGCGCUGCUGCUCACCUCCCCAGCACUAUGCGCGAGAUCCAACCCACCAGGCAAAGAUGCCAUUUUACUCUCGAAUGUCAACACUCUGACACUACGUGCAAACAGCUUGACAAAAUCUCGUCGAGUUUCGCCCAUCCAGCAGCUUACCUGUGUCGGUCCAUCCAAAAAGAUAUGUGGCCUCUACCAGCCAGAAGUCAUGCGCUGUACCAAUCAAGGUUAUGGCUACAACGAAGAGGAUAUAGAGUGGACAUGUGAAGCUUCUCUUCCGUCUGAAUUCAAGCUUGGUGCUACAGAUGUUGUGUGUGAGGGGUAUCGAAGCGCAGAUGACAAGUGGGUUCUUAAGGGGAGUUGUGGUGUUGAAUAUCGAAUGCUAUUGACAGAGCAUGGCGAGGACCGGUUUGGAAGAUCUGCGAACAAGAAUAUGGAUGAUUCUGAGCCAUGGGCGUGGUGGGCGAGUCUCUUGUUUUUCAUGUUCAUGUUUGGUACUUUUGCGGUGAUCAUUUGGCAAUUGUGUUGGGGGGCCGCUUCACCUCGGAGAGAUGCUCGGAGGGCAAGACGGGGGUUCUGGGGUGGAGGUGGAGGUGGAGGUGGAGGUCCUGGUGGUGGGGGAGGCGGUGGCUAUGAUCCUUACUCGGGACAACCUCCUGCCUACGGUAGCUGGGAUACUUCUGCGCCUGGAUGCUCUUCUCAAGGUUGGACUCCUGGGUUCUGGACUGGUGCCCUAGGAGGCGGCGCUGCUGGGUAUGCGAUGGGACGUCGUAGAUCGUCCCAGUCUCAGCGAGGGCAUACGCGGUAUAAUUCAGGCGAAGGCAGUUCGGGAGGUCGCUCACCACCACGAUUCUCCAGCACAUCUAGUAGUACUGGGUUUGGAUCGACGAAACGGAGAUAG